AGCUCAUUCCAACAAAGUCCGACCCAACCUAGCUAGCUACAUCUUAUUCCAUAAAUCCCCAUCCCUGACCCCUUUUCCCCAGUACCCACGAUACCUCAGCCAGCACAAUGGCUUCCAGUACACCUCUCUCUCUCAUCAUCCUCGUGACCCUCAACAUCCAACUGCUCCUCCUCCUCCUCCCACCUCAAACCCAAGCCCAAACCCCCUCAGCCCCGGCGCCAGCUCCUGCUGGCCCAGUCAACUUAACAGGAAUCCUCGACAAAAACGGCCAAUACACCACCUUCAUUCGCCUUCUCGUCGACACCCAAGUGGACAACCAAAUCGAAAACCAGCUCAACACCUCUUCUGAGGGCUUGACUGUCUUCGCUCCCACCGACAAUGCCUUCAACAACCUUAAAUCCGGUGCCAUAAACGACCUCAGUACCCAAGAAAAAGUACAGCUUGUUCUUUACCACGUAUCGCCUAAAUACUACCGACUUAUUGAUCUUCUAACGGUUACCAACCCUGUUCGUACUCAAGCUUCAGGAAACGAUAGUAACUGGGGGCUUAACUUCACUGGUCAUGGCAACCAAGUCAACGUGACGACCGGAAUCGUUACGACGCAAAUCAACAAUGCGCUGCGGCAACAGUUUCCUUUGGGGCUUUACCAAGUGGACAUGGUGUUGUUGCCUGAGGAGUUGUUUGGAGCUAAGCCUCCAGCUUCAGCACCAUCACCGGCAAAAACCCCAUCCUCCACUUCCAACACUAAGACAAACACCUCGGCCCCGGCAUCCCCUACGAAGGGUAACGGUGCGAGUGGGAGAAAUGUGGUUGGCUGGGUUUUGUCUCUUGGGCUUGGGAUGAUUUGCAUGGGAGCUCUCUCUUGAGAAAGGGAUGAAUACAGUACUGUUGGUGUUCUUUGAUCUUCAACUUUUUUCUUUUUCUUUUUUUUUCGUCUGAACUUCUGAAUCUUUUUGUUCAAUUGUAAAAGGACGUGUCUG